UUAAGUCCCUCCGCCUCUGCAUCAUGCAAAUCUUAGCUUUGAAUUCCCACUUUUAUUCAACUGCCUGUCUUGCUUUCCUGUUCAUUUUCCAUCAUUCCCAUGUUCAACCGACACCAUUUUCCAUGGUGUGUCUCUUCGUUUUCCCCCACCUCCUCCUUUGCAAUGUCUCAAUGUCUUUUGCUGGCUCUUUCGUUUCUCUCUGAAAAAUAAAGGGACAUUAGCCAAUUGUGUGAUUUUCUUCAAUGGAGGCGAAGACUGAUUUUUGGAGUGAUAGCAAGUAGAUGCCAUAUUAAGAAAAUGAUUUGGUAGAUCCACUGGCUGCAUGGGAGGCAUAUUUCACCUUUUUGACUUCAUUCAAGGCAGCAUGGCCAGAAAAAUACUUGCACACAAGAGACAUGUCGGUGGCCUGGAAGCUCCUCGAAAUAGCUUGGAGCUGCAACUUGAAACUUCUCAGAGCUCCUGUGCUGUAGGAGAUCUGCCGUACUCUAAUCAUGUGGAAGAAGACUGGGCAGCAAAGAACUGUUAUCAAACAGAGGCUUCGAUGAAGAAAUUGAUUAGUGAGGAGAUGUCCAAACAAUCUAACACCAGACAUAAUGCCCCAAGUAUUGUUGCCCGAUUGAUGGGGAUGGAUGCAUUGCCAUUAGAUACAAAAUCUGUAGUGCAACCAGUGGAGAAAAAGAAUGAUAACCAGCAAGUCAAGUUCUCUAAAAGGGAAAAAUAUGCAAAGGGCUCGGCUGCUCAUUUGUCUUCUAACUCAACUUACUCAAAGCAAAUGGAUCUUGACUCAAUUUACAGUAGUAGAGACAGGGAUGCUGAGAGAUGGAGCACCAGCCAGAAGUUUGGGAAGCCUAGGUCUCGUGAACAUCCUCAGGAGGAAGAAUUGCAAAAGUUUAAGAAAGAAUUUGAGGCAUGGCAAGCAGCUAGGCUUAGGGAAUGUUCAAAGGUUGUUGAUGUUGGAAGCAUCUCCACGCAGCAACUUGCUCAAGAGAAACUGAAUAAAGAAAAGAUGGCACUUUAUGCAGAUUCUGAAAGAGUAAUGCAUAAGAAACCUUUAGAAUCCAAGAGAAUUACGGUAAACGAAAAUUUGCAUGAAAUUGGUUUGCAUCAUCACAGACGUAAUUCAGAACUUUUUACAGCUGAGCAAAAAGAAUCAAGAAGAGGAAGCAUGAAUAAAGAUUUCCAUCUACCUUCCAUGAUAGGUUAUAAUCAGAAAGUAGAUGCUGCUCCCACAAGAAUAGUGAUCUUGAAGCCUGGUCCUGAUAGGAUUUGUGACCAUGAAGAAUCAUGGACCAGUUCCUCUGGCACUUUCGAAGAGAGAGCUAGUAUAGAAGAUUUUCUUGAGGAAGUAAGAGAAAGACUAAAAUUGGAAUUGCAAGGUAAAACUCUUAACAAGAGUUCUGUGGUCAGAGGAAGUGGAAUUGAGACCCCUUUCAGUGAAAAGCCAUCUGAUCCGAGACAAAUUGCUAAACAUAUAGCACAAAAGGUCAGAGAAAAUGUUAGUAGGGACCUUGGAAUGAAUUUAGUUCGAUCAGAAUCAACCAGAUCUUAUAGAAGUGAAAUUCAGUUCAAUGGACCAGGCUCCCCUGAGUUCAUCAACAAAGAUGCAAGAAGAUUCUUGUCAGAGAGACUAAGGAAUGUUCUAAAGCAAGAAACACAGUUGGAUGUACCAAUAGUUUCCAGUGGCAGCUCUAGAUCAUCUGUGUUUGAUAAUGGAAGGGACAGGCUAAAACGACUACGAGAUAGGUCAAAGUCUGAAAUCGAGCAGAGCUACUGGGAAAUUGUUAAAGAUGAACAAGCAAUGCAAGCCAGAUCUUUCAGGCAGGGAGAUGAUGUUGGGCUGCUAAACAGGGAACUGUCGCCUAGAAAUCUCGUUAGGUCUUUGUCAGCCCCAGUAUCAGGGACAUCAUUUGGGAAGCUGCUUUUAGAGGAUCGGCAUAUUUUGACUGGUGCACAGAUCAGGAGGAAGCAUGAAGGCAUUGAAAAUGUGUCAGUAGACAUUAGAAAAAGGAAGAAAGAAAAGUUCAAUUUGAAAGAGAAAGUUUCCAAUAUCAAGUAUGGUUUGACGCUUAGACGGAGGCUAUUUGGCAAGAAGAUUCAAUCAAUGGUGGAAUCACUCGGUGCUGAAAAUGAUCCUGAAAAAGAUAUUUUGAGUGGACCGACAGUUGUUAUGAACCUUGGCGAGAGACAUGAGAAUUCUACUGAGGUACCUCCCAGCCCGGCAUCUGUUUGCAGUAGCAAUCAUGAAGAAUUUUGGAGGCAAGUGGAUUAUCUCAGCCCGAUGUCAACACCGGAUGUAACUUUGAGAGAAGACAAUGCUGUACCACAGGUCUUCAAAGAGAUCAGUUCUAAUUUGAGUGAGCUGAGGAGGCAACUGAAUGAACUUGAGUCUGAUGGGGCAGAUGACAUAUCAAUUGAACAGGAGCCUAUUGAAUCUGAAAUGGGGGAUCUAGAGGACCAUGCAGAAGGUUAUGUAAGAGAUCUGCUCGUUGCUUCUGGUUUGUAUGAUGGAUCAUGUGACAAAUCCUUAUCUAGGUGGGACCCAUUAGCAAAACCUAUCAGCAACUGUGUCUUUGAGCAAGUGGAAGAAUCUUAUAGCAAAUUGGCCAAGGAGAACAAUAGCACUAGAAAUGACCAGAAUGAGAACGUAGAUCACAAACUGUUACUUGAUUUGUUAAAUGAAGCACUUUCAAUCAUACUUGGUCCACCGGUGACCAUGUCUAGGUUCAGAAGAAAGCUUCUUGGUUCCUCCAUAUUGCGACCUCCACAGGGAAGGAAGUUACUGAAUUCUGUGUGGGAGAUUAUCCAUAUGAAUUUAGAUCCUCCAAAUGAUAGACGCUAUUACUCGCUCGACGACAUGGUGGGCCAGGAUCUAGGAUCCACUCCUUGGUCUGGCUUGAUGGAUGAUGAAACUAGUGUAUUAGGGAGAGAGGUUGAAUGUCACAUUAUUGGAGAUAUGGUUCAGGAAAUUGUGAAGGACAUGCAUUCAUGAUGGUGCACGCAUUAAUGAGGUUGUAGCAUUCUGGUGUUAUUCUUACGGUUUGCAGGUUAGAUGUAGGCAGGGAGACAGAGUGAAGACGGCUGUUAGAAGUGGCAUAUGCAUGGAGGUGAGGUUAAACCAUGAGGUGGGGUUGGCGUGCUUACUUGAAUAUUGAUGGGAGAAUGCCUGUUCAUGUACAUAUUAUUUGCCAAGUUUGUGACAUAGAGGUUAAAUUUGAUCAGGUUUAUACAUACUGUACAUGAUGGCUUGUAUUACUAGAAAAAUUUCUGUAUAAAUAUUUAUUAUUCAUCCAGCAAUUUGUUGGAGACAGCUUUUCCUGAUCCUAUUGUCUAACGGUAAUAAUAAAUGUAUCUUUUUGUCUAA